AUGCUUUCUGAAGAGAAACAAUUUCUAAUUUCUACUCCAAUACCAUCUUCCUUAAUAAUUGGAUCUGAAUAUUGUAAUUUUACUUCUCCAACAGCAAAAAAUCUUGUUCUUGCAUUUUCUGAUCGUAUUGAGGUAUAUGAAUGGGGCGGUAAUACAUUAACAAAAGAAUUAAAAUUUCUUCCUGGAUGUAAUUUAGCAUAUAUAAAAUGUAUAAAAAAUAAAAAAAAUGAAUCUGAUCUUAUUUUUGUUAUUAAUAGUGAAUUUGAGUUUUCAAUUUUUGGUUAUAAUAAUGGUGAAAUAUAUUUUGUUAUGAAAGGUGGUAUUGUAUCAACAUAUAAAAGAAUUCGUGAACAAGGAAUACAAAUUGCUGUUUGUCCUAAACAAGGUAAAAUUGCUAUUACAGGAAUGGAUCAAAAUUUAUAUGUUAUUGAUAGAUUUGAAAGGACUGAUAGAAAAAAUGCUGAAUUUAUUAAAGGACCUUUAGAUGUUGUUGAUAUGUCUUUUAUAGAUUAUUCUAAAUUUAAAUCUGAAACAAGAAUAGCUAUGUUAGUUCAUUAUGAAACAUGUUUAUAUUAUGAAGUAUUUGAACUAGACUAUAGGACAUGUAGUCUUAGGAAUGUUUUAACAAUAAAAGAUAUACCAAUACAUUGUACAAAACUUUAUUGUCCACAAAUUUAUAAUGAUGGUACUACAUUUAUUUUGGGUGCUGUUUGUAUUUAUAUAGUUCGUGGUGGAAAUUUUUCUGAAAAAAAACUUACUGUUAAUAAUCUUGAACGAAUUGAAUUAGACAUUGUAAUUGAUAAUUCAAUAAUUUCUAUAGCACCAUUUACAGAAAAUCCAUCUAAAUUUGCCUUUUGUGAUAGAGCUGGAAUACUUUUUUCAGCUGAAAUAUUAACAAAUGAUAUUAUAAUUGAAAAAAUUGGAAAUAUUAAUCCAACUGCUUUUUUAAAUCAUUUAGAAAAUAAUAUUUUUUUUGGUGCAUCUAUGAUUAAAGAUAGUAUUUUAUUUAGUAUUGAUAUAAAUAAUGAAAAUCCUGAAAUGACGAAUAUUAAUAUUUUAGAUUCAAUUCCUUAUUAUGGUCCAAUUACAGAUAUGUGUAUGGUUAAUGAAGAUGAACAGAUUAUGGGUAUUUGUGGUGGUGAUGGUAAAAAUGGUUUUCUUUCUUUAAUUAAACAUUCACCUACAUUUCGAUGUGCCUGGGAGUUUGUUGCUGUUGGACUUCAUCGUUUCUACGUUAUACCUAAUGAUAACCAAUAUAAUAUAUGUUUUGCAUCUACCUUAAAUACAACAAUUACUUUUGUAUUAUGUACAAAAACUGGAGAAAGAAUGGAAAUUUCAUUUCCUGGAUUUAAUUAUGAUUCAAGAACAUUAUUUGUUAAUUAUCAUGCUAUUACAAAUACAUAUAUUCAGGUUACGGAUGAAAGUGUUUCAAUAACUAAUCUUAGUGAUAAAAUAUUUAAAAACUUUCAACUUCUUAAUGAAGAAGAUCUUACAUCUAUUUCAACAAAUAAUAAUGGUAUUUUUAUUGUAGCUAAUGGUAAUUCUAUUUAUGUUUAUAAUUUAAAUGAUACAAAAAAUUUAUUUAUGGGUGAACAUAAAUUUGAAAAAAAAAUUACUAGCAUUGAUAUGCUUAAAGCAACUGGUUUUAAAGCAUUGGCAUUUUUUGUAACAGUUUUUGAGUUUACUUCUAAUAUUUAUAUGUUUAAAGUAAGUUACAACAAUGGAAUAAAUGUAGAACUUAUUGGUGAAUCUAAUAUUGAAAAUGUAGGAAUCAUUAAUGAUAUUAAAUGGUAUUGUGGUAAUAAUGAUGAAGAUUCUGAUUGUAUUAUUGCUUGUGAUUUUUCUGGUAAUGCAUAUUUUAUUGACUUUGAUGUUCAAAAUGGUUUUAAACCUAAUUAUCUUCUUCUUAAUGUUGGUGAUGGAGCUUUAGAAACAUUUGAAUGUUCAGUUAAAGGACAAAGAUCGAUAUUCUUUUCUUGUGAAAAUUCGGGAUUUGCACCAUGGAGAAAAUGGGAAACUGAUAUACCAAAAUUAAAUAUAAAUACUUCUUUACAAGCUUACUCUUAUUUUGACAAUAAUAUUAGUUAUAUUGUUCAUAUAGAAAAUAAUACAGCUAAAGUUUCUUAUUUAACUGAUGAAAAAGAAAUUUCAUAUGAUAAACUUGAGAUUGAUUAUGAUUUAACACGAUUUGCUUAUGAUCAGAAGAAUAAUGUUUUACUUUCAAUAGCUAUUAAAGAGUGUGAGGCAGAUUAUUUUGAGGCUGCCGUUCACGAUUUUGAUUUACCGAAACCAAAUUAUGGACCAAAAAUACGAUUCCCUUGUUAUGAAUUAUCUUCAAAUAAUGUAAAAAAAGAAAUAGCAGAAGAAAUUAAAAAUGCUACUACUGAAGAUUCAUACAUUCUUCUUGUGUCAUUAGAUCAUAUGAAAAUUGAAGCAAUGUAUAAAUUACCUCCAUUUGAGGUGGCAUUAUGUAUAAAACCAAUAACAAUACCAAGUCAUUUAGGUUCUUUUUUUGUUGUUGGAACUGCUGUGGAAAAAUUUGAACUAUCUCAACCAGAAAUCAUUGAUGGAAGAUUAUUAUUAAUUGAAGUCAAGGGAGAUUAUCAAAAAACAAUCGAAAUUAGAGCAGAAAAAAGUGUCAAAAGUCCUGUUUUUUCGAUCGCAACAAAUGAGGAUCAAGUAAUUGCAACUAUGCUAAAUUCAGUUAGGGUUUUUAAAUGUACAAUAGAUGAUUUUAAGUUGAAGCAAUCCAAAUAUGAAUUUUUACGUGCAAAUCGAAUAGAAAUGUAUGGAGAAAAAGCAAUUGUUGGUGAUGCUAUGAGAUCUGUAUCUAUUUUAAGUAUCAAAAAAGAUAGUGCAGACAUAUAUUCAAGAUUAACGGAUAGUCGUGGAUUGACAGCAAUACAUAUCUUUGAUGAUGACUGUUAUAUUCGUUGUAUUGAAAAUUGUAUUCAUAUAUUAACAGAAUGUCAAACAGAAGAAUUUCGUUCUCUUCAAAUAUCUAAAAUGUUAUAUAUUGGGAUGCAGGUAAAUAAAAUCAUUCAUGGUCAUAUCGGAAAAGUAGAUUUAUCUAAAUAUCCUGGUAUUGGAAAUUGUCUUACUAUGGCAACAUUAGAAGGAUCUCUAAUAACAUUAUUUGAAAUUGAUACUAAAAUGUAUAACUUCUUAAAAAUAAUAGAAGGAAAAAUUUACGAUCGUUUGCCAAGAUUUUUUGAAAGUCAUGAACCAUCUGAAAUUCUAAAAAUUAAAGGAAAGAAUCAAUUUGUAAAUACAGAUUAUUUUAAAUAUUUUAUGACUCUAUCCACUGAAUCAAGAAAAGAUAUACUAAAACUUGAAGGUAUACCACCUUAUCCAUGUACAAAUGAAGUUAUACAUCGCUAUGAAACACUAGAAAACAUUGUAUCCCUAUGGUCUCAACUAUUUUAA